AUGCUGAAAAUGGUGAAGAGGAAGCCAUUGUAUGGAUUGUUUCAAUAUAAUUCCAGCAUGAUUGGACUAGAAUCGUUAGCUGAUCCCUCGGAUACCUGGGAAAUUAUAGAGACUAUUGGGAAAGGCACUUACGGUAAAGUCUAUAAGGUUGCCAACAAGAAAGAUGGGAGUCUGGCAGCAGUAAAGAUUUUGGAUCCUAUCAGUGAUGUAGAUGAAGAAAUUGAAGCAGAAUAUAAUAUUUUGCAGUUUCUUCCCAAUCAUCCUAAUGUUGUUAGAUUUUAUGGGAUGUUUUACAAAGCAGAUCAAUAUGUGGGAGGACAGCUCUGGCUAGUACUUGAGCUAUGCAAUGGUGGUUCUGUCACUGACCUUGUCAAAGGCCUGCUGAAGUGUGGCCAACGGUUGGAUGAAGCUAUAAUCUCUUACAUCUUAUAUGGUGCUCUCUUGGGCCUUCAGCAUUUACACAAUAACCGGAUCAUUCAUCGUGAUGUGAAAGGGAACAACAUUCUCCUGACAACAGAAGGUGGAGUCAAGCUCGUUGACUUUGGUGUUUCAGCCCAGCUCACCAGCACACGGCUGCGUAGAAACACCUCAGUGGGAACACCCUUUUGGAUGGCACCUGAGGUCAUUGCUUGUGAACAGCAGUAUGACUACUCAUAUGAUGCUCGAUGUGACGUAUGGUCCUUGGGAAUAACAGCUAUUGAACUGGGAGAUGGAGAUCCUCCCUUAUUUGACAUGCAUCCGGUGAAAACCCUUUUUAAAAUUCCGAGAAAUCCUCCUCCCACUUUGCUACAUCCUGAAAAAUGGUGCAGAGGAUUCAACCACUUCAUUUCACAGUGUCUUAUCAAGGAUUUUGAGCAGCGCCCUUCAGUCACCCAUCUUUUGGAGCACCCGUUUAUCAAACAAGUCCAUGGUAAAGACAUGUCUCUGCAAAAACAACUGGCCAAGCUCAUCCAGGAACAACAGCAACAAGGUUCCAUAGCCAAAACAAGGUAUGAACGAAUACAUACAAGAAGACCUUACCAUGUGGAUGGAGCUGACAAGUAUUCUCUAGAUGAUGAUCUGGUAAAUCUAGAAGUUCUAGAUGAGGAUACAAUUAUCCAUCAGCUGCAGAAACGCUAUGCUGAUUUACAAAUUUAUACUUAUGUUGGAGACAUUUUAAUAGCCUUAAACCCUUUCCAGAAUCUCAGCAUUUAUUCUCCUCAGUUCUCCAAGCUUUAUCACGGUGUAAGGCGUUCAUCAAAUCCCCCACAUAUAUUCGCCUCUGCGGAUGCUGCCUACCAAAGUAUGGUUACAUUCAGCAAAGAUCAGUGCAUUAUCAUCAGUGGGGAAAGUGGUGCUGGAAAGACAGAAAGUGCCCAUCUGAUCGUCCAACAUUUGACCUUCUUGGGAAAGGCAAAUAAUCGUGCUUUGCGUGAGAAAAUUCUGCAGGUGAAUCCUCUGGUUGAAGCAUUUGGGAAUGCCUGCACUGCCAUCAAUGACAACUCAAGUCGCUUUGGAAAAUAUCUGGAAAUGAUGUUUACACCCACAGGAGCUGUAAUGGGGGCAAAGAUUUCUGAAUAUCUACUUGAAAAAUCAAGGGUCAUAAAACAGGCGGUGGGAGAGAAAAAUUUCCAUAUAUUUUAUUAUAUUUAUGCUGGCCUUUAUCAUCAGAAGAAGCUUUCUGAAUAUAGACUUCCUGAUAAAAAGCCUCCUAGAUAUAUUGAUAAUGAAACUGGAAGAGUAAUGCAUGAUAUUGUUACUAAAGAUUCCUAUGGAAGACAAUUUGAAGCAAUUCAGCAUUGCUUUAGAAUAAUAGGAUUCACUGAUGAGGAAGUGUACUCAGUGUACAGAAUUCUGACUGGAAUCUUAAAUACUGGAAAUAUUGAGUUUGCUGCCAUUUCUUCACAACACCAAACAGAUAAAAGUGAAGUUCCCAACCCAGAAGCCUUAGAUAACGCUGCUGCACUACUAAGUAUUGGGUCAGAAGAACUUCAAGAGGCCCUAACCUCCCACUGUGUUGUAACACGAGGGGAGACUAUUAUCCGAACAAACACUGUGGACAAAGCAGCUGACGUGCGAGAUGCCAUGUCUAAAGCACUUUAUGGCCGGCUCUUCAGCUGGAUAGUAAAUCGUAUUAAUACGCUGCUUCAGCCAGAUAAAAAUAUAUGCAAUGCUGAAAAUGGCAUGAAUGUUGGGAUACUAGACAUAUUUGGAUUUGAGAACUUUGCAAGAAAUUCCUUUGAACAACUGUGCAUAAAUAUUGCUAAUGAACAGAUCCAGUUUUACUUCAAUCAACAUAUCUUUGCACUUGAGCAGAUGGAGUAUCAGAAUGAGGGAAUUGAUGCUCUUACAGUGGAGUAUGAGGACAACCGCCCACUUCUAGACAUGUUCCUCCAGAAACCCAUGGGUCUCCUGUCUCUGCUAGAUGAAGAAAGCCGAUUUCCUCAGGCAACAGACCUAACUUUAGUUGAUAAAUUUGAAGAUAACUUACGGUGCAAAUACUUUUGGAGGCCGAAAGGAGUGGAACUGUCAUUUGGCAUUCAGCACUAUGCUGGAAAGGUAUUAUAUGAUGCUUGUGCAUUCCUUGAGAAGAACAGAGACACUCUUCCUGCUGACAUAGUGGUGGUGUUGCGAACUUCAGAGAACAAACUUCUUCAGCAGCUGUUCUCUAGCCCAUUAACAAAAACAGGUAACUUGGCACAGGCAAGAGCCAGAGUGACAGCAGCAUCUAGGUCUUUGCCUCCACAGCUUAGUGCUGGGCGUAUCAAGUCUCCUAAAUAUCUCCUGAAGGUUGACACAAUGGAAGUUAUGCGACACCCCGAGGAAACAACUAACAUGAAGCGGCAAACUAUGGCUUCCUAUUUUAGGUAUUCCCUCAUGGAUCUUUUAUCCAAAAUGGUUGUUGGACAGCCUCACUUUAUCCGUUGCAUUAAACCUAAUGAUGAUCGGGAAGCACUGAUGUUUUCUCAUGAGAGAGUUCUACUGCAGCUACGAUACACUGGAAUUCUGGAAACCGUCAAAAUACGUCAAAAAGGAUAUUCUCAUCGCAUCCUCUUUGAAGAGUUUGUGAAGAGGUAUUAUUACCUUGCAUUCAAGGCACACGAGACUCCCCUUGGUAGCAGAGAAAACUGUCUUGCCAUUUUGGAGAAAUCUAAACUAGACAACUGGAUUCUUGGGAAAACCAAGGUUUUUCUGAAGUACUACCAUAUAGAGCAGUUAAAUUUGUUCCUGCGAGAAGUUAUUGGGAGGGUUGUUGUCAUGCAAGCCUAUAUCAAGGGAUGGCUUGGAGCAAGGAGGUACAAAAAAGUCAAAGAGAAAAGAGAAAAUAGUGCUGUUACUAUACAGUCAGCCUGGAGAGGAUAUGAAGCUCGCAGGAAGUACAAGGAAAUAAGGAACAGAAGAACUGAUGCCGCUAUACAUAUUCAAGCAGCUUUCAGGGGAUAUAUUGUUCGUAAAAACUACACGAGAUUGAAAAACACCACUGGCUGUGUAGCAGAUCCUCCGCUUAUGAGCAGCAUCUCUCCUUCUGAUUUUGACUGUGAAGAGCACUGGCAACAAACCAGUAACCAGUCUUCUCCCAUCGUGCCUGAUUUUCUUGACAAACAAACAAUAAAGAAGGAUUUGGAUGACAUUUCUGCUUCUCCAUUUAUUCGAAAACAUUUAUUCGAAAGGAAAGAUUCACAAUCAAUUAGCCAAUCCCAGUCAGUUACAGACCAUCAGUUGUCAAGUCCCUUGAUAUCCCAUAAAAAAGGAGGUUCAGAAAACUGUCUUGAACAGAAGCUGAGAACACCUCGUCGACGAUGUCAGCAGCCCAAAAUGCUGAAUAGCCCUGAGGACAACAUGUACUAUAACCAGUUAAACGGAACUCUAGAAUAUCAAGGGAGCAAGAGGAAGCCAAGAAAACUUGGACAAAUCAAAGUGCUGGAUGGAGAGGACGAGUAUUAUAAAUCAUUGUCAGCUGUUGAGUCUAUUCCUGAAGAUGAUGAUUUUCUCAGUUCCCCAUCUCCUCCUUCUUCAAGAGAUGUGUCUUUUGCUCAAAGCUGA